GCAUAGUGGUCCUCAGCGGGCAGUGGGCCAGCCCGAGCACAGGAAGGCAGUUCACACCCGAGGGCUGCCUGGCUAUUCUCUGCAGCAGGGUCAGUGCUAUUAAUAUCGGGCGAGCGCACAGCCCCCCGCUGGUGAUCCUCUUAUGCCUGUGCCCUGGCCUCUGAGGCCAGCACCAAGUGCUGUUCCUUCGGCUCAGGGGCUCCUGGGGCCUCUCCUCUGUUGGCCCCCUGCCUCCCAGCAGGCACUCUCUGCCAGACAGGGUUCCUCCACACAACGGAGCUCCCGAGCUGUCCUGCGGGGCCACUGUGGGUCUGAGAGGCAGCGUGGUGAUGCCCCUGCACACACCUGGGAUUGCUCCUCCGUCCUGGUCUCCCCGGCGUCCCAGUCAUGAGCAGUCCCCCAGCUUACCCAGGCAUCAGGGUUUCGGGGUGCUGGAGCCUUGGAACAGAAGGCAGCAGCAACGCAGAAUCCUUGGACAGGCUCCUCCCCACCGUGGGUGCUGGGCGCUCGCCCCGGAAGCGCACCACUAGCCAGUGCAAGUCUGAGCCGCCCCUGCUGCGCACAAGUAAGCGCACCAUCUACACGGCGGGGCGGCCGCCCUGGUACAACGAGCAUGGCACACAGUCCAAGGAGGCCUUCGCCAUCGGCCUGGGAGGUGGCAGUGCCUCUGGGAAGACCACUGUAGCUAGAAUGAUCAUCGAGGCCCUGGAUGUGCCCUGGGUGGUCUUGCUGUCCAUGGACUCCUUCUACAAGGUGCUCACCAGGCAGCAGCAGGAGCAGGCCGCCCACAACAACUUCAACUUUGACCACCCAGAUGCCUUUGACUUCGACCUUAUCAUCUCCACUCUCAAGAAGCUGAAGCAGGGCAAGAGUGUCAAGGUGCCCAUCUAUGACUUCACCACUCACAGCCGGAAGAAGGACUGGAAAACGCUCUACGGUGCAAAUGUCAUCAUCUUUGAGGGCAUCAUGGCCUUUGCUGACAAGACGCUGCUGGAGCUCCUGGACAUGAAGAUCUUUGUGGACACGGACUCUGACAUCCGCCUUGUGCGGCGGCUGCGCCGAGAUAUCAGCGAGCGGGGCCGGGACAUCGAGGGUGUCAUCAAGCAGUACAACAAGUUUGUGAAGCCAGCCUUUGACCAGUACAUCCAGCCCACCAUGCGCGUGGCGGACAUCGUGGUGCCCCGGGGGAGCGGAAACACGGUGGCCAUCGACCUCAUUGUGCAGCAUGUGCACAGCCAGCUGGAGGAGAGGAAGCUGCGCUGGGAUAUGGCUGCGCUAGCCUCGGCGCACCAGUGCCACCCCCUGCCCCGGACGCUGAGUGUCCUCAAAAGCACGCCGCAGGUGCGGGGCAUGCACACCAUCAUCAGGGACAAGGAGACCAGCCGUGAUGAGUUCAUCUUCUACUCCAAGAGGCUGAUGCGGCUGCUCAUCGAGCACGCACUCUCCUUCCUGCCCUUCCAGGACUGCGUGGUUCAGACCCCACAAGGGCAAGACUACGCGGGCAAGUGCUAUGCCGGGAAGCAGAUCACAGGUGUGUCCAUCCUGCGGGCGGGAGAGACCAUGGAACCCGCGCUGCGGGCCGUGUGCAAGGAUGUGCGCAUCGGUACCAUUCUCAUCCAGACCAACCAGCUCACCGGGGAGCCCGAGCUCCACUACCUGCGGCUCCCCAAGGACAUUAGCGAUGACCACGUUAUCCUGAUGGACUGCACCGUGUCCACCGGCGCUGCGGCCAUGAUGGCGGUGCGGGUGCUCCUGGACCACGACGUGCCUGAGGACAAGAUCUUCCUGCUGUCGCUGCUCAUGGCGGAGAUGGGUGUCCACUCGGUGGCCUACGCAUUCCCACGCGUGAGGAUCAUCACCACGGCGGUGGACAAGCGUGUCAACGAUCUCUUCCGCAUCAUCCCUGGCAUCGGGAACUUUGGCGACCGCUACUUCGGGACUGACGCCGUCCCCGACGGCAGUGAUGAGGAGGAAGGGGGUUCCGCUGGUUAGUGCCCCGUUGGAGCCUUCUCACCCCACCCCCACCCACCCACCCACCCACCUCCUGCCUCCUGGAGCUUACAGAGCAGAGAUGACUUAUUUUAAUUAAAAAAGGUGUUGCCAAUGUAGCUUGUCUAUACAUUUUGUGAAAUAAAACUGUUGAAAGUGAA